AUGGGAGAAGCCUCACAUGAUAAAAUAGAGGGCUCCUCACCCUCAAAGUUAAAUAACCAGCAUCCGACCAUAAACACACCAAGUAACAACAACAACAACAUGCACCACUGCAUGAACAUACCAAUGGGGGGAUUGGAGGUUCACAAGGUUGUUCCUCCACCCCGUAGAAGCACCUUGCAGAAGCUCAUGGUCAGGCUCAAAGAAACCUUUUUCCCAGAUGACCCUUUGCACCAGUUCAAAGGACAGCCACCAAAGAAGCAAUGGAUUCUCGGAGCUCAGUAUGUCUUCCCUAUCCUUGAAUGGGGUCCUACUUACAGCUUCAAGCUCCUCAAGUCUGACAUUAUUUCUGGUAUCACCAUUGCUAGUUUAGCCAUCCCUCAGGGAAUCAGUUAUGCUAAGCUUGCUAAUCUACCUGCAAUUGUGGGUCUCUAUUCCAGCUUUGUUCCUCCUUUAGUGUAUGCUGUUCUUGGAAGCUCAAAAGACCUUGCAGUAGGACCUGUGUCCAUUGCUUCUCUUAUAAUGGGAUCAAUGCUUAUGCAAGAAGUUUCUCCCACAAAAGAUCCAAACUUGUUUCUUCAACUUGCCUUUACUUCAACCUUCUUUAGUGGUAUAAUCCAAGCUUCUCUAGGAUUAUUGAGGCUUGGAUUUAUCAUUGAUUUCCUUUCAAAGGCCACUCUUAUUGGUUUCAUGGCUGGAGCUGCUGUGAUAGUUUCUCUGCAACAGCUUAAAAGCCUCCUUGGAAUACAAAAUUUCACCAAAAAAAUGGCUAUAGUCCCUGUUUUGAGCUCUGUUUUUGAGGAACGAAAGGAGUGGUCAUGGCAGACCAUAUUAAUGGGAGUUUGCUUCCUUCUGUUGCUCCUAAUCGCAAGACACGUCAGCAUGAGAAAGCCAAAGCUGUUUUGGGUCUCAGCUGGAGCCCCACUUGCGUCUGUCAUCCUCUCCACCGUAAUUGUUUUCGCAUUCAAAGCCAAUCGCCAUGGCAUCAGUGUGAUUGGAGAUCUACAGAAAGGAUUGAACCCACCUUCAUGGAACAUGUUGAUUUUCAGUGGGACCCACAUAGGACUUGUAAUUAAGACUGGGAUUAUCACUGGCAUCAUUGCUCUCACAGAAGGCAUUGCAGUAGGAAGGACUUUUGCUAGUCUGAGAGAAUACAGGGUGGAUGGAAACAAGGAGAUGAUAGCAAUUGGGCUCAUGAACAUUAUUGGCUCCAUCACUUCCUGUUAUAUCACAACAGGUUCUUUCUCACGGUCAGCUGUGAACCACAAUGCCGGAGCAAAAACCGCCUUGUCCAACAUAGUAAUGUCGGUGACAGUUAUGGUGACCCUCCUGUUUCUGAUGCCACUGUUUCACUACACACCCAAUGUUAUAUUGGGUGCCAUUAUAGUGACUGCAGUGAUUGGCCUCAUUGAUGUUCCAGCUGCUUAUCACAUUUGGAAGAUUGACAAAUAUGACUUCAUUGUCUUGGUGUGUGCUUUUCUGGGUGUCAUUUUUAUCUCUGUUCAACAGGGCCUGGCCAUUGCGGUUGGAAUAUCGGUUUUCAAGAUUCUGCUGCAAGUGACAAGGCCGAGGACAGUGGUGUUGGGAAAUAUACCUGGGACAGAUGUGUUUAGAGACCUACACCAUUACAAUGAAUCAGCAGUGAGUGUCCCUGGUUUCCUCAUUAUCAGCAUAGAAGCUGCGAUCAACUUUGCCAACACCACCUAUCUGAAUGAAAGGAUUUUGAGAUGGAUAGAAGAAGAAGAAGAUGAUGGAAACAAACAUCCAAACAUUCGAUUUGUCAUUAUAGAUAUGUCAGCUGUGAGCAGCAUAGACACAACUGGGAUCACACUCUUUGGAGAUUUAAGGAAAGCAAUUCGAAAAAAGGGGGUUGAGCUGGUGUUGGUGAACCCGUUGGCUGAGGUUGUGGAGAAAUUGCAGAAGGUGGAUAAAGACAAUGAGCUGAUGAGACCAGAUCAUCUUUACCUGUCAGUGGGAGAGGCUAUAGCUUCACUGUCAAUGGCAAUGAAGAAUCAAGCAUCAAACAUGUACGAUGAGGAGAUGCAGACGAAUGCGCCCCCCCAAAAGCUAACCACAACUUAA